GGGGCCCGUUUCAGAAAGCAGGUUUAGUGAAAACUCUGAGUUAGUUAACCCUGAGAUGAGGGAAACUCUGGUUUUUCAGUUUCACAAAGCCAGUUCAGCUUUACUCUGAGUCAGUUACCCUGGCAACAUACUCCGUGAACCUAACCUGCUCGCUGGCAGGUUUUCUUCAACUAACCCCGAGUUUCUCCUGCUCUUAAGUUAAAGCCUGCAGACUGAAGGCAGUGGCAGACAUGGCGUGUCCUUUUAUUGAAGAGCCAGUUGAUGUUGAGGCGCAGAUACUUGGAUGUUUUAAUUCCCUGAUGAGUAGCUACCUGUUUGAGCGUUUCCGUUUCUCUGCAUCAUCAAUAAUUUAUAUAAACAAUAUUCUCAGCCCUCACAUCACUCACAUGACGCAUCGUGGACACGCCAGUUCCGAGCAAAUUCUUUGUAUUGCACUUCGUUUUUUUGCCAACGGCAGUGUUUUGUAUAACGUCGGUGAUGCAGAGCAUGUGUCCAAGGAAACUGUCUGUCGGGCUGUCCGAAAUGUGACACUUGCACUGAAACGGCUACUAUGCACGUUUGUAGUGUUCCCAAGUCACAGACCCACCAGACUUCUCAAAGAAGAGUUCCACAGAAUUGCAGGGUUUCCAGGUGUGAUUGGCUGCAUAGAUGGCACUCGCAUUCCUAUCAUAGCUCCUUCAAUAAAUGAAGGAGAUUAUGUGAAUAGGAAAUCUGUCCACAGCAUUAAUGUACAGGUAGGCCUAAAUAGUAGCCUUUAACAUUCCAAAUGAAAUAUGCUUCACUAUACAGCUAAUUACUGUUCUCCACUGUGAAGAUCAUAUGUGACGCAGCCCACAUGAUAAAUAAUGUG